GGAGGCGCAGGGUUUGGAGGAUCUGCUCUGUGCUCCGGGCGUCCUCUCACUCCAAAUAUUUCAUGGAAAUAAGCUGCGCUCGCUCCACUAGUUCACACAGUCUUCGGUCACUCAUCUAGGGAUUCAGAAAACUUUCCAGGAACUUUUUUUCGUCAAUUUCAACGACCAAGGUGUAAUUGAGAGGGGGAGGGCACUUUGGUUUGUGCCCGGCGCUGGGAUCUGUGCUGAACGGACUGUUGAGCAGGGAACACCCCGCUGUAGGAAGUCCUCAGACGAAUGACCUGUUGUGGUCCCACACAACUUAGGGAGGCCCCUCUUUCUUUCCUCCUGUCAUCUGGGUGCUGUUUAUAAUCUGAAUUCAACGCACGAACCUAUCGUGGGAGCUUCGUAAACAUGUCGGGACGAGAUUUACGCACCAAACUCCGGAUCGUGCCAAGCCAUGUUGGAGCAUUUCACCGGUGCGCCAGAGGCAACUUUGUGUAGGAGCAGCCUUGGCACUUAUUUACCGCUGGUGAUCGGGGCCCCAGCCCGUGGGAUCGGAUUCAAACUUUCCCACCAGAUUGGGUCGGACUCGAACACAAAUUAUUCGCAGCAGUAUGGAGGGUGAUCAGGGGACCGGUCCGCCUCCAGAUGAGCCGCGGGCUGAGAGCGCUGCUGCGUCGGACAGUUUUUCCCAACUGUGGACGGAUGUUAUGGGGAUGCUGGAUGGUUCUCUGGGCAACAUAGAUGACCUUGCACAGGAGUACUCUGAGUACUACAACACCUGCUUCAGUGACGUCAACGAUCGUAUGGAGGAGCUGCGCAAACGACGAGUUUCCCAAGAGCUCGACAUGGAGAAACAGGACUCGAGCAGCACGUCUCUGCAGCUCCGUAAUGAGAUCCAGGAAUCAUUAGGCUUCAGCAGUGAGGUGUCAACUCCCGAAACAGACAGAAAAAUGCCGCUGCACAAGUCCAGCUCUGAAGAUGGAUCUGGAGGUAAAUGGGACAACAAGAAGAAGAACAAAUCUUUUUGGCAGAACUUCCGCAAGUCUCAGCAUAAACCUGUCAUGCGACAGACGUCCAAAGGAGAAGACAUCGGCUACGUGGCCAGCGAGAUCACCAUGAGUGACGAAGAGCGGAUCCAGCUGAUGAUGAUGGUGAAAGAGAAGAUGAUCACCGUAGAAGAAGCCCUAGCUCGGCUGAAGGAGUAUGAGCGCAGCAAACAGUCCUGCAGUACUGACGCUGCAGAGUGCACUGACGGACCUGCACCCAAUCUAAACCAGUCCUCAAACUGCAACACUCCGUCAACUUCAAACUCACACUCUGUGUUUCUGUCAUCUCAGGAGCACAUGCCUACGUUCCUGUUCAACGGCUACGAGGACCUCGACACGUUCAAGCUGCUUGAGGAGGAGGACCUGGACGAGCUGAACAUUAAAGAUCCUCAACACAGAGCCGUACUGCUCACUGCUGUGGAGCUGCUGCAAGAGUAUGACAGCAGCAGUGAUCCGGAGCGCAGCGGCCUGUCGGGCUCCCAGGAGAAGCUGCUCUCUGAGGGACGGGGCCUGGUGGGAGACUCCCCGCGGGACUCCGGCUGCUACGAGAGCAAUGAGAACCUGGAGAAUGGUAAGAGCAGGAAAACAUCCCGUUCCAGUCGUUCCUCAGCGGGCCUCCAGUCUCCAGACUACCCCACCCUGCCCAUGACCCUUUCAACAGAGGCUCUGCAGCAGAACGGCAAGAACCAGCGCACCAAGUUCCCGAAAAGCUUCUUCAUCAAACCCUCCCUCAAGGGCUUCAACCUGCUGGGGUUGCGCAAAGCCUCAAGACGGUCCCCGAUCCCAGCAAGUCGCAGCUGCGAGGACCUGGAUGGACCCCCGCAGCCCACCGGAUCCUGGAAACGCUCCCACUCUCUGGGAGACCUGGACUGGGAGCAGACUUAUGAGCAGAAGAAGGAUGUGGGUGUGGAGGUUAAACCCGCUAAGGAAGGGCCCAAAUCAGACAGCAGUAACUCAACCAAGGUCUGCAGGGACGAGGGGGCCCCAGCUCAGAAUGGGACUCCACCAGUGAGCCCUAAAGGAAGGGCUGAAAGACCACCCAUACCUUCCCAGCUGCCUCUCCGGCCCCCUUGUCCCACACCUCAGUCCCCUAUUCACCCAGAGCCCCUCUCCAGUCCAACCCCAAGUCCUUCUUACUCCAGUGGGGAGCGGGUGAUCCGGACUCACCCCAAAAAGCCCCCUGUCCCACCUCCCGUUCCUGCCAAAAAGUCUAGGGAAAGACUUGCCAAUGGCCUCCGUCACGCCCCUCUCUCCCUGCCCUCCUCGCCAUCUCCCACUCCCUCCCCUACCCACUCCCUCACCCGCUCUCACCCCAGCAGCCCCGUAAUCCGAAGUAGCAGCAGCAGCCCCUGCCCCCCUGCUCUGCCCGCCAAGUCCCCGAGCACCCCAGCCAGCCCCUGCGCCACCUCAUCGGCCUCGUCGUUCGGCGAGGAGCCGGGCACCCCGCCGGCGGUCCAACCUCCGUGGCUCUCGGACCUUGGGGGCAAAGUGGCUGUUUCCAGAAAACUCUCCCAUAAUAAAAUGAGCUGUGACCUGUUCACCCUGCUGGAGCAACGGCUGGAGGCUGAGGGAAUCGAUCUAACGGAGGAACCCUACUCUGACAAGCAUGGCCGCUGUGGGAUCCCCCAGCCGCUGGUGCAGCGUUACUCUGAAGACCUGGAGCAGCCCGUCAAGGACGUGGCCUCCACCAUGGACCAGCUCCGAGUCAAAGAGCUGCGUAAACAACACCGCAUGGCUAUCCCAUCUGGAGGUCUGACCGAGAUGUGCCGAAAGCCCCUGCCCUCGGGUAACAUCAGCACAGUCCCUGAUUGGCUCGUCUCCAUCGGCCUGCCCAUGUACGCCACCUCCCUGGCGGCAGCGGGAAUCGACACCCUGAGUCGCGUUGCCUUGUUAACGGAGAGCGGCGUGUGGGAGGCUGGGGUCCGGGAUCAGAGACACGCCCGCCGGCUGGUCAGCGAGGCGAGAUUGGUCAGCGCGCCCAGAGAGGUGCAGUCCUAACCAUGAUGGCGGAGUCCUGGUUGGAUAACAGGUGUCGACUCACUGGUCAGUACCGUCUCAUUUAAAUGUGACGGCUGAAGGCAAAUUGGCCACGGGACUGAACUAAAACCCAGGCGACCACCGUACUUCUGUCUCGUGUCUGAAGACUGAAAGUGGGCUGCCACGCUCUCUGAUUUUUGUCCCCAUCACUCUAACUUUUGAAAUGUUUACGCCACUGAGGAAUUUUCCCUCAACAGCCAAGACAAGAUAUCAGAUGCCUUUUUGAAGAUAAGACUGGAGACUCACGCUGUGGGAUGGCUUCCAUUCUGAAGACGCCCUCAAAGUCUUAAAAUAAAGACUUGGAUCUGCCUUUAAGGAGGAUAGCACACUCUUUUGUAGGAUGGAUGAUUUUUCUUUUUUUUUAAAUACAGAGAGACGGUUUAUUUCCUGCCUAUUUCAUAAGUGCUUCAUUUUCAUCUCUUGUGGCAAAGAAGCAUUAUCUGAGGGUCUCAUUCCCACUAACAGUGUCAUAAAGACGACGCCAGAAUUCCCUCUGGACUUCUAAUCCACUGAAGACAAACAAGGAACAACAGGUGGUUUGGAGAUGGCCUAUUUUGUAUUAUGUCUCUGUAUUAUAGCAUAAUGAAUAUCUUCAUUUUAAAAUGAUUUAUAUGUUAAAAGAACAUUUGUGUUUGCCUUUUGAAUGUUGCAGCCUUGUUUUGAGGCCAGCUCUCUGUCAUUUCUAAGCUGAAACAGCAGACAUCACAUCACACCCUUAUAGUUCACACUAUAUCCUGUUUUCCUGCAUAUCUCAGAUGCACCUCCAGCUCCAGUGUGAAUAUGAGGCCAAACAGAAAGCUCUGUUUUGCUCCAGGUUUCCCCACAAUCAGCGUUCAUAGCAACAAACACACCCCCUGCGUAUCCAAGGACGUUUUUAAGUUGCCUUAGCAAUAUGAACGAAUGGCUGGAAGAAAUAGAACAUACAGUAGAAUUGACGUUACUGUGACUCAGCCUGAACUUUGCUGAAUGUGUCGGAGAAGUAAUCGAGGAGCGGAUUUUGUCAACACACACUAGAUAGAUGGCGAUCGUGUUUCUUAUUUCUCGCGAAGCUCAGACGAUAAAUCACAAAACUACGGGGACGACACGACAAAAGUACGUCCUCCCUGCUCGAGCGCAUGUUCAGAGCUCUGUUCACCGGGAGAGAGGAGAGAGUGAAAAUGUUCCAAAGACACAGCUGAUAACUGGAUUUUUGGGGAUUUUUCAGACUCUCUACAAGUGAGAAAUUUUCUUCACAGCUGGAUAAUAAGCUGUUUUUUUUUUAACACAUUAUACUGUAGCUAUAAUUAUUGCCAGUCGGAAACUCUUCAUUGGGCGCUGCGGGUGGAAGGUGAGAGCAGUCGUAUCAGGUGACCUCCGAGGUCUGCACACAGUCUCACUACAUGGUCUUGAAAAAUCAGGGAAACACAGACUGUACAGGGAAACUCUGAGUCAGGUCGGUCUGUUACAAAAAAAAAAAAUCUUUGGGCCAAAAAACUGAAAACAACCAGAAACUCUUUCAUUUGCACACAAUUGAUCUAACAAAUAAUCUUAUUUGUGUCGUUUUUUUCCCCAGUAAAGUUCUAUCUUUCACAAACAGAACAGAACUGAAGACUCAUUCCACGGAUUUCAUAUUUUAAAAAAAUUGACCAAGUGUUAUUGUUCAUGUUUUUUUUUGCAGUGGGCACUUGAUAGAUAGAUGUUUGAUGCCUUUUUUUCUUCUUCAAUCAAAGUGGUGCUCUGGGAAAGUGAGGACAGAGGGGGUCACUAUUAAAAAAAAAAGUGUUUUGUAAUGAAUGAAAAUACUGACACUGUAAAUGCACUUUAGAGGGUAAAUCUAGCUGUUUUUAUAGGUGAAAUUGGCUUCAUUUAAUGGACAUUUGUUGUCAGGUAUUAUAAAAGGGUUUCAGUGGGUAACGCUGGUAUUUUGAUUUAGUGUUGAGUUCCCAAUGCCAAGUUUUAAUAACGAUUCACGAGUUAACCCAUUCCAGUGGCUUAUUCUAGUUUGUUUUUGCAGUCUUACAAAAAUACAAUUCUUGAUUACAUAUAUGAAAUGCUAAGUAGAAGUUGCACAUUCUGUAUAUGUAAUUGAUAUUUAAUUAAUAACUUAUUUUUUGCUUUUAUUUUCCACAUCAACUGUAAUUAGCUGUACUAUAUGAAUAGCAAUACCUUCCUGCAUAAUGCAUAUUGCUUUAGCCAGUGAGGAGCUGCAGUAUGUAAUGUAAGAUAUGUGUACAAAUUAUUUUAUUUGGUUUUCAUCUGCCUAAUGAUUGUCCAUACAGAUUUGCUUGUGUAUUGAAACAACAAAAGUAAUGUCCAUAACUAUUUGUCAUUCUUAAAUAUAAUAAAAACUGUUUCUUGCCACUGUU